GAGCUGAGCAGCAGCGAUGUGCCACCGGGUUCUGGGACCAGGCUGGAAGCCGCUACUGGCGCUGGCGUUGGCGCUGGCCAGCCUGAGAGGGGCAAGGGGCUUUGAGGAGGAACCAAGCAGCGGCACGAGCUUCCAGGUGGUCACAUUCGAAUGGCACCAUGUCCAGGAUCCAUACAUCAUCGCGCUCUGGAUCCUCGUGGCUAGCUUGGCCAAAAUCGUCUUUCACCUGUCCCACAAGGUCACCAGUAUUGUUCCCGAGAGUGCUCUGCUCAUCGUUCUGGGCCUGGUGUUGGGCGGCAUCGUCUGGGCAGCUGACCACAUCGCCUCCUUCACACUUACACCCACGCUCUUCUUCUUCUACCUGCUGCCUCCUAUUGUGUUGGAUGCUGGAUACUUCAUGCCCAAUCGACUCUUCUUUGGAAAUUUGGGUACCAUUCUACUAUAUGCUGUCAUUGGCACUAUAUGGAAUGCAGCCACUACAGGGCUGUCCCUCUACGGUGUCUUCCUCAGUGGCCUAAUGGGUGAGCUGAAGAUUGGACUCCUAGAUUUCCUGCUGUUCGGUAGCCUCAUUGCUGCUGUGGACCCAGUGGCUGUGCUGGCUGUGUUUGAGGAAGUCCAUGUCAAUGAAGUCCUGUUCAUCAUUGUGUUUGGGGAGUCAUUGCUGAAUGACGCAGUGACUGUGGUCUUGUACAAUGUUUUUGAGUCUUUUGUGACACUGGGUGGUGACAAGGUGACUGGCGUGGAUUGUGUGAAAGGCAUAGUGUCCUUCUUCGUGGUGAGCCUCGGAGGCACUCUGGUGGGUGUUAUCUUUGCCUUCCUGCUGUCCUUGGUGACUCGCUUCACCAAGCAUGUGCGAAUCAUCGAACCUGGCUUCGUCUUUGUCAUUUCCUACCUGUCCUAUCUGACCUCCGAGAUGCUGUCCUUGUCAGCCAUCCUGGCCAUCACCUUUUGCGGCAUCUGCUGCCAGAAGUAUGUGAAGGCCAACAUCUCGGAGCAGUCGGCCACCACUGUGCGCUACACCAUGAAGAUGCUGGCUAGUGGAGCGGAGACCAUUAUCUUCAUAUUCCUGGGCAUCUCAGCCGUGGACCCCCACAUUUGGACAUGGAACACAGCUUUUGUGUUGCUGACCCUGGUCUUCAUCUCUGUAUACCGCGCCAUCGGUGUUGUUCUGCAAACCUGGAUCCUGAAUCGCUACCGCAUGGUGCAGCUCGAGACCAUUGAUCAGGUGGUCAUGUCCUACGGUGGCCUGCGUGGGGCAGUGGCCUACGCCCUGGUGGUGCUUCUGGAUGAGAAGAAAGUCAAGGAGAAAAACCUGUUCGUCAGCACCACCCUCAUUGUGGUCUUCUUCACAGUCAUCUUCCAGGGUCUGACCAUUAAGCCCCUGGUGCAGUGGUUGAAGGUGAAGAGGAGUGAGCACCGUGAACCGAAACUCAAUGAAAAGCUACAUGGCCGGGCCUUCGACCACAUUCUCUCAGCCAUUGAGGACAUCUCAGGACAGAUUGGACACAAUUAUCUCAGAGACAAGUGGUCCAAUUUUGAUAGGAAGUUCCUCAGCAAAAUCCUCAUGAGAAGAUCGGCCCAAAAAUCUCGAGAUCGGAUCCUCAAUGUUUUCCAUGAGCUGAAUUUGAAGGAUGCUAUUAGCUAUGUGGCUGAGGGAGAGCGCCGUGGGUCCCUGGCCUUCAUCCGCUCCCCAAGUACGGACAAUAUGGUCAAUGUGGACUUCAGCACACCCCGCCCGUCUACUGUGGAGGCAUCCGUCUCCUAUCUCUUGAGGGAAAAUGUCAGUGCUGUAUGCCUGGACAUGCAGUCCUUGGAGCAGAGGCGGAGGAGCAUCCGUGACACUGAGGACAUGGUCACCCACCACACACUGCAACAGUACCUGUACAAGCCUCGGCAGGAGUACAAGCAUCUCUACAGUCGGCAUGAACUAACACCCAACGAGGAUGAAAAGCAGGACAAGGAAAUCUUCCACAGGACCAUGCGGAAGCGCCUGGAGUCCUUUAAGUCAGCUAAGCUAGGCAUCAACCAGAACAAGAAGGCGGUCAAGCUGUACAAGAGGGAGCGCGCACAGAAGCGGAGGAAUAGCAGCAUUCCUAAUGGGAAGCUGCCUGUGGAGAACCUGGCACACAACUUCACCAUCAAGGAGAAAGAUUUGGAACUUUCAGAGCCCGAGGAGGCCACCAACUAUGAAGAGACCAGUGGGGGCAUUGAGUUUCUGGCCAAUGUCACCAAGGAUGUAGCCUCUGACUCUGGGGCAGGAAUUGAUAACCCCGUGUUCUCUCCUGACGAGGACCUGGAUCCAGGCAUCCUAUCCAGGGUGCCACCCUGGCUGUCCCCUGGGGAGACCGUGGUGCCCUCCCAGAGGGCCCGUGUCCAGAUUCCCAACUCUCCCAGCAACUUCCGCCGCCUGACACCAUUCCGCCUCAGCAACAAAUCAGUGGAUUCCUUCCUGCUGGCUGAUAGCCCCGAGGAACAGCACCAACCCGCUUCCCCUGAGUCCACACACAUGUGACACAGGUUCUGACACACCGCUUACCGGACGAUUGUCCCCUCGUCGGCCAUCCGCAGAUGCCCAGCAGCCCUUGCUCCCCUCACGGUUCGCCCGUCCACGUGCCCCUAGCCCUGCGCCACCCGAGCGCAUCCCACCUGCUACCUUUGCCUCUGGUGAACCUGGGGUGGAGCCAGAGCACCGGGCCCUACCCAGUGCGCAUGCUCGGUCGGCGGCUGCGCGUCGGGUACACAGCCGGCGCUCCUUCCAGAGGCCUCGCCCACGCAGACGCCCUGCUCUGCUAAAGCUCGCUUCUCUUCCGGGCUCUACAGAGCUCCCGCCACACGCUCUGGAGCAAGAAGAGACGCCGCUGUGAUCGCUACCUGGCCAGUGGCCCAGCUCCGAGAGUCUCCUUCAGUGGCCCCUCCCCAGCUAGCUAGGUUUCUUG